AUGCUUGGUCCAUUAGAUAUCAACCUCUCGGAAUUUGGAGUUUCAACCAAAAAUGGCUUUCUUCCAGAUGUUGAUCCUCUUCCACGCCUGAGUGCAUUUUCGGAAUGGGAAGAUUUAGUUGAUGAUAUUCCAUGUCUAUUGAAAGAAGGAUCAUUCAGAUUACAUACCGAUGCUUUGCCCAUACUCGAUGCGACGUAUCUACAAGAGGAAGAUGAAUGGCGAAGAGCCUACCAUUUACUGUCUUUUAUGACACAUUCGUAUAUCUGGGGAGGAAAACAUCCAUCAGAGAUAUUACCCCCUCAAAUCUCAAAACCCUUCCUAGUCGUAGCAUCUCAUCUCGGCCUUCCUCCAACCGCCACAUACGCUGCCCUCAACCUCUGGAAUUUCACCAGCACUUCACCUAUACACGAUCUCACCGAUCUAGACGAUCUCUCCUGCCAACACACAUUCACCAAUACCCGCGAUGAAUCCUGGUUUUAUCUCGUAUCCGUGUCAAUCGAAGCCCGCGGCGCAGAAGUAAUUCCACUCAUGAUCAGUGCCAUGAACGCCAUCCGCGCCAAUGAACCAUCCAUCCUAAUUUCCUGUUUAGAGAAAUUCUCCACCUGCAUAGAAGAUUGCGGGGUCCUCUUACAACGCAUGUACGAGCAAUGCGAUCCAGAAGUCUUCUACCACAUCAUCCGACCCUUUCUAGCCGGGAGCAAGAAUAUGGCUGCAGCUGGUCUGCCAAGGGGUGUGUUUUAUGACGAGGGAGAGGGAAUCGGUGAAUGGAGACAAUAUAGUGGGGGAAGUAAUGCUCAGAGUAGCUUGAUACAGUUCUGGGAUGCGGUGUUAGGUGUUAAACAUGUACCUACUCGACCUAUGGGGAAAUCUCCGACUGAAGUUGUGCCGCCCAAGAAAGAAGGUGGACAUGGUUUUUUGGAUGAAAUGCGCAACUACAUGCCCGGCCCACAUCGCGCCUUCUUAAAACAUAUUUCCAACGUCUCUCCCAUCCACACUUACGUCGACAAUUCAGCCUGCUCAUCUGAUGUCACUAGAGCCUAUAAUCAUGCCGUGGAGACACUAGCUGAAUUUAGAGAUAUCCACAUACAGAUCGUCACUCGAUACAUCAUCAAUCCAUCUCGUAAAGCCAUGGCUCGCGGUACAGAAAAAGAGAACGCGGGAUUAAAUUUAGCAGUUGCGACGACAAAGAAGGGUGGAAAGGAUGUUAGAGGGACAGGGGGUACACAGUUGAUUCCUUUUUUGAAACAGAGUCGGGAUGAGACGAGGGAGAUGGUUGUAGAUAUUGUGGAGAGUCCUUAG